AUGUCUUGGACAAAGGUCUAUAAACAGAGGCUGCAUGAUGUGGCUGCCACGGGUGGGGCCCCUGCUCUGAGUCUGGUGGGCAGAGGGCCCUGCCAGAACGGAGGCAACUGGGAUGGGCUCAAGUGCCAGUGCCCCACCCAAUUCUAUGGAAAAAACUGUGAGAACGUGUACCCCAGCAUCGACAUAGGGCAACCGCCGAAGACAGUCUCUGCCCUGGUGAACUUGACAGUGACAGUGACUAGUGAGGUGUACACCAUUGCACUACAAAACCGGUCUUCUGAGGAAUUCCAGAAGUUCAAUGAGACUUUCACAAAACAGAUGAAUAUUGCCUACAGUGGGAUCCCUGAGUAUGACGGGGUGAACAUCACAAGUCUGACGGAAGGCAGUGUGGUGGUGGAGCACACGGUCUUCCUCAGCACCAACUACACCCCGGAAUUCAAGGAAGUCUUAGACAAGGCUGCCCAGAAGGUGAAAGAGAACAUCACCUAUGUGACCCGAGUGCAAAUAGGCGAUAUUUAUACCUGCAAAGACAUAAUGUGUUUCAAUACCAGUGCCACCGAGGUGCUAAAUGUUGUUACUGACUAUGAUCCUGAAGAGGAAUGCAAGAAGUUGGCCGGGCCGUACGCCGACUACUUCUUUGUGGAGUACAAGGACGGAAACCCAUACUGCAUCUCCUCCUGCGCAUCUGACUUCACGACCUCCAUGGACUGUAAUGCCGGCGAGUGCAUCGUGGAGCUCAGUGGCCCCCGGUGCUACUGCCCGACCUCGGACACUCACUGGUAUAGCGGACAAACCUGCCAGUGGAGCAUCAGGAAGACCCUGGUGUAUGGGCUCCUGGGGGCAGCGGGCGGGGUGCUGCUGGUCCUCCUGGCCAUCCUCCUGGUGUUUGCCUGCCGCUCCAGGAGACAGCUGGAAAGGCAAAAGUCCAAAGUGUCUCGUUUUUACCAAUGGCAUGAAGAAGGCAGUGGACCAACCCCUAGGACCUUCCAAAAUGUUGGCUUCGACAUCGGUGAAGAACACAGGGGUUCCGUCUACCCAGACUCCAUCUAUAGUAACUUCCAGCCCUCUCUGAGCCACAUAGACCAUGAAAAAAAGGACAUAGGGUCUGAUGAGUUUGGGCCUCAAGAUGGCAAGAGGGAGAUCUGCAGCCAGGAAGGGUUCCCCUCCCUCACCUUCGCCAGGGGCACUCGCUGUCAUGCAGAACUCCACCUGCCACUGCUUGCCCUUCAGUGCUGCUCCUGCCACACCCUGGGGGGUCUGUUCAUGGGCAUCACCUCAGGCCACCCACUGCACCCACCUGCUCUCUCUCGGGCCCUGUCCUACUGCUAUCACACCUUCCAACCGCAGCCCACCAUCUCCUUCCUGAUUAUGCCACUCCCCUGCUCCAAACACUGA